GUUUUUCUCUCUUUUCUCUUCAAAAAUCUACAUUUUUCUCUCAAAAAAAUUUUUUUUCUAAUCAGAUUCUUCUUCAUAAUCCUCUCCUUGAUGUCCAUAAUAGUCUCCUCCUCCUCCUCCAACAUUUUGCUGCCCAUAAUAAUAGUCUCCUCCUUCCCCUCCAACAUGUUGCUGCCCAUAAUGAUAGUCUCCUCCUUCCCCUCCAACAUGUUGCUGCCCAUAAUGAUAGUCUUCUCCCUCCCCUUCAACAUUUUUCUGUCCAUAAUGAUAGUCUCCUCCUUCCCCUCCAACAUUAUCUUCUUCUCCCCGAACGCCUUGUUCAAUUCUGCUCCCUCCUCCUCCCACAUUUCCUUUACUUCUCUCAUAAUCUUCAUUGCUCAAACGAAUAUGUUUAAGAGCUUCAUCUAUCUCUUCUUCCGUUUGAUAAUUUCCGUGAUUUCCAAAACAACGGGCACAAAGUUGUCCAAACUGUUGAAGACAAUUGCAAGCUGCAUAGGUUGCCUCAUUAUCAUAACGACUUGGACUUCGACCAAGUAAUGGGAAGUCUUCUUGUGGAGGUAAGGACUGGUAUGUAUGUUGAUAUUCAACAGGUUGUAUAUGCUCUGAGUGACUUCUCUCAACCUUUUUUCCUUUUCGAGGACUGCUCUGAUGAGUUGAAGUUUCUAAAUUUGAACGAGUAGCUCUCAAGUCUUUUUUGGGUUUCGUUUUUGGUUUGGAAGAUGCUUGAGCAUCUAGAAAUAGCAAAAAAAAUUUUUGAAAUUAAAAAUGAGGUGUCAUAAAUGAAGAGUAUCUCUUAAACAGCUAACCCGGGCAAUGGUAUCUUAAAUAGAGGUGUACCUCCAGUAUAGGGGAUAGCUUAUAGUUAUAGUCUUUUAUAAUAUGUUAUAGUCUCUUAUAGUCUCUUAAAAGCUACUCCAAUUAGCUGUAUCUUUAGUUAUUAUGUAUGUAGUGUAUCCAGAUGACUUAAAUGAGGAGUGUCUUGUAUUGGAGGUAUCUCCAUUGAGGAGGUAUCUUCAUUGAGGAGGUAUCUCUAUUGAGGUGGUAUCUCUAUUUAAACUUUUUUUUGUUACAAAUACCUUCUUUUCCGCUAUUUUUGCUACUUUUCCCUUUAAACAUGGCAUCAACAUUAAAAACAAUUUCAGCAAGGACAAACAUCAAAAUUAAAAAUUUUAUAGUUUUCGGAGGCAUUUUGUAAAAAAAUUUUCUUGGAUUUUCUUGAAAUAAUUUAAAAUUAAACAUAG